AUGUCUCUCUGUGACGACACACUCCUGUGUAAUUUCCCUAAGUGUCGGAUCAAGCUGAGUGGCUUUGCCUGGGUGACGGCCUGCUCUCAUGUUUUCUGCAAUCUGCACGGGUCGGGCGAGUUAAGCCGCUGUCCUGCUAUCUGCCCGGCCUGUGGCUCUGCCCUGUCUGGGAAGCUUGACAUCGCGAGGAAAGAGCUGUCACCCUCCGAGGGCUACAAGGCCAUGGUCCUGGCAGGUCUGCGACCGGACAUCAUUCUGGACAUCAGCUCCCGUGCCAUGGCAUUUUGGAGCUACCAGGUCCAGCAGGAACACAUGUAUCAAGAAUACAACCUGUCUCGGGCUGAAGCACAGGUGAAGCAGAUGGAGAAAAUGCUGACACAGCAGAACCAGAGCAGAGAACUGGAGAUGAGCGCCAUGAGGGGGGAAAUCGUCUCCCUGAAGAAAGUGAUGGAGGAGUACAAAAAGAAGUACAGUGAAGUGUCUGAGAGGCUAAUGGAGAGAAACAGACAGUGCCAGAAGCUGCAGGGGCUGUACGACUCGCUGAAGCUGAGGAACAUGGUGGUGGGUGCCGGUGACAGAGAAAUGCCACCACCACCACAUCAGCACCCAGACUUUCCCGCUGGGCCGGCUCGGCAGGCCACGCCCCAGAGGAGCCCGCUCUUCUUCUCCUUUGGCCCCGAAGCCGAGGGUCGAGUCUUCUCCUGCCCGGAAGCCGAGGGAGGAAAAAGCUUCCAGUUCAGCUCUCCUGCCAGGGAUAAAAGCUGGCCCUUCAACAACAAGCACUGA